GUGCACCCACCCAACUCAUCACUCCUCCUCGGCGGCCCAAAGGCCCCAAACUCAGACUCCCUAAAACUGCUCUAGAUCUUAGACGCCUUUCUUUCUGUCUUAAUCUAACAAUUUCAUCAUCUACAAAUUCAAUGAUAGACCUAACGAUGGAAAAUAAAUCUUCUCUCCAGUUUUUUCAUUAAUCACAAUCCAGACUCACUAUACUCGCUUCCAUACUUUGACUUCCUAAUUCCAUUCUCUCUACUCAUCGUUUUGCUUUCUCUAGGGUUUUAAUGUCCGGCCACGUGAUUUAGCAGCCGCCAAAUCUGAUGGCCUCGAUCCGCCGAACUCUUUCUCCAGCCUAUCAUGACCGUUCGUACCAAAACGGUUCCAGCACUACAUUUCCAGCCGCCAAUUCACCUUCUCACAGGCUCUUACAUAACGGUAAAUAUUCGUCAUCACCCUUACCUUCAAUUAACUCAGUCACAGUCAAUCUCCGUCGAUUCCUUUCAUCCCGUAAAUCAUGGCGAAAAUCUCUCUACCGGUGUCUUCUAUUCUUCCUGGUGGGUAUUGUGUUAGGCAUGAGUCGUUUGACGCCGUUUGGUCACGUGACGGAGAUCGAAAACCACGACGUGUUUUUUGAGAUCAAGCCGCCACAUGUGAACGUGCAAUUUGAUAGUGACAACAUGGAGCUUAUUAGCAGGCGUGACACGGAGCUUAUUAACAGGCGUGACACGGAGCUUAUUAACAGGCGUGACACGGAGCUUAUUAACAGGGGCGACGAAGUGGUGUUGAAUACAGUGAGUUUCGGAGUAGAGAAGAAAAAUGAAUCCGAAACGAUUGACAAUUACAGAUACAGAUACGAUUUCGUGCCAAGAAAGCAAUUAAUUGUGAUCACGCCAACGUACAAUCGCGCAAUGCAAGCUUAUUAUUUAAACAGAUUGGCGCAAGUUUUGAGGCUUGUACAGCCACCGGUUCUGUGGAUAGUGGUCGAGGAAAAUGCGGCGUCGUUUGAGACAGCGGAAAUGCUGAGAAAAACUGGGGUUAUGUAUAGACACUUGGUGUGUCAAAAGAAUUUGAGCAAUGUGAAAGAUAGAGGAGUUCACCAGAGAAAUGUGGGUUUAGAGCAUAUCGAAAGGCAUAGACUUGAUGGGAUUGUGUAUUUUGCAGAUGAUGAUAAUGUCUACACCAUUGACUUGUUUGAGAGCCUGAGAGAAAUCAGCCGAUUUGGCACUUGGCCUGUUGCCAUGCUUGCACAAAGCAAAAACAAGGCAAUUUUAGAAGGUCCUGUAUGCAAUGGAAGCCAAAUUAUCGGGUGGCACACAAAUGAGAAGAGCAAAAGACUUCGUAGGUUUCAUGUUGAUAUGUCAGGAUUUGCUUUUAACAGCACUAUCUUGUGGGAUCCUAAGAGAUGGAAGCACCCCUUUCGGAAUCCAAUUCGGCAGUUAGACACAGUGAAGGAGGGUUUCCAAGAGACCACAUUUAUAGAACAAGUGGUGGAAGAUGAACGCCAAAUGGAAGGUACACCACCUGGUUGUUCAAAAAUACUGAACUGGCACCUUCAUUUGGACACUCACAAUCUUGCUUAUCCUAGAGGUUGGCUGCUCCAGAAAAACCUUGAUAUUAUUCUCCCCAUUAAGUGACGUGAUUGCAACCCUGCAAAUUCCAUGCAGCCUCAAAUGGGUAUGAUUUUCUGAGUUGUCUCAUUGCAGCAUUUAGAAUUUUAACGUUUGCAAGUUUCAACAUUGUCAGUCGGAAAAUUAGCUUCCGAAAAAGUGUUUCCAAAAGGAUAAUUUUUUUUGCCUUUGCACCUCUUCAUUCUCUUAAUAGGGGGAGACAAGGGAGACAAAAGAACUGGGUUGAAAAAAGAAAAUUAUAAAGGUUAUUUUAUGAUGAGCAAGGGAAGGUUCAUAUAUCAUAUGGGCAAAGAAGACUUUUCUGAAGGAUUCUGUAGUCAAUUGUUUCUAACCCAUGCUUUUUUGAAGUUUUUCUGUGGCAGUCACUAUUUUGUUUAUGUGGCCAGUCUCCCUGAGCAAUUGUUGCUUCGUGUGCUACCAACGGGACACAGCGACUCAGCUAGCUAGCAAUGACAAAGAAACAGAAAUUUAUGGUUUUACAUGUACAAUUUUCCUAGCGUGAUAUCCUUUCACAAGUGAGAUUUUGUAUUUGUUGUAGAGUACGGGUGUUUGGUAUUGGGGGCGUUUUAAUUGCUCUAUCUCAUAACACCCUUCUCUCGAAAAAGGAAGUUGUUCUCUCUGGGCCAUGUUGUGAUCCAACCUGUAUGCCACCUUGUAUCAAAAUCAGGAAAUACCAACAUGUCCUGGAAUUGAAAUUUU